AUCAAAUCUACUCGAAUGUGAAACGUCAGUUGUCGUCUACCAUUUUGAAGGGCCAUCUUAUGCACAUUAGGUCAAUCAACAUAAAUUACGAUGUCAUGAGGAUGAUACGGAAAAUUAAAUGUUGUUGCCUUUGUGUUUUCACGAUGUGCCUGACUCUCUGGCUUAUAUUCACGCUUCCCUUGGACCACAUCAACGCCAUCUUACCUACAAAAUCACGUGACCUAGCACAACAUGGCAUCAGGCGAGAUGACCCCGGUCGUCUGCCACCAUUCUGUGACCCCGCCACGAACCUCGCGUUUGUCAAAGUCCACAAGGCCGGCAGUUCAACUGUGGCCACACUUCUGCAACGUUUCGGUAUAGUACACGGACUCAAUUUCGCACUUCCCAACCGACCAUUCCACGACAAAUUCUACAACUACAUCACCAGGCCCGGGGAGAUACUUACCAGGGACAGCGUGGUCCCCCUACCCCCCGGGAAACAAUACAACAUCUUGUUGAACCACGCCAUCUACAACAGAACGGCUUUCCGUCAACUGAUGCCAGAAAAUACGGUGUACCUCACCAUCUUGCGGGAACCUUUUCAGCAGUUUGUCUCCGCCUUUGAAUACUACAACAUGGCUAGUUACUUCUCUUCUAUGGUGCCGAGUGUACGCAACGCUUCCAAUCCGAUAUCUCUUUACCUUUCUGAUCCACAUGCGUUCGAGGGUGAAUCCACGCUGUUUUCAUACAUAAGGAACAAGCAAUCGGAAGAUCUGGGUCUCACGCGCGCCGCCUACGACAGCCCUCUGGUCCUCAACUCUUCCAUCAACAUCAUAGAUCGAGAAUUUCUACUGGUCAUGAUAGUCGAACGCUUGGAUGAGUCUCUUCUUCUUCUCAAGCGUGAGUUGUGUUGGAGCGUCAAAGAUAUUUUGUAUAUUUCAAAAAACGCCAACACGAAGAAAGCUAAACGAAGCUUUACGCCGAGCGACCAUGACAACCAUCGCAAGUUGAACCACCCGGACUACGCGCUCUAUGGCCACUUUUUGAAGGUUCUAGAAAACAAACUUGACGCUCAGUCGGCAGACUUCUUCUCAGAACUAAAACAAUUUCAGUUUCUGUUGAAGGGUGUAAAGCAAGCCUGUUUGACUACUGCCUCGUUUUACGCCGCUGAGUCUAGAUGGCAUGAUUCAUUUAACGUCACACAAGAGGAUUGUAAACUCCUGUUGAUGUCAGUCACUGCUGGCCUCGAUUACCUCCUCCUGAGGGCGGGUAGAAUCACUUUACAAGAGUACCAGAAAUACAGACCCCACAAACCAUUAUGGCAGGAAAAGACAGUACACAACUUAUAGGCUGUUUAGUUCGGUUCCAUGACAAAUGAUCUCAGACAAAAUAUUCCAGACAAAAUAUCUCAACGAAACAUGAUCCAUGAUAUCAUAGGGCCUAAUAUAAUUUUGUCACGAUAUCUUUCUUCCAUGAAAUUUUUUGUGCUUCAUAUCAAUUGGUCGUAAAAUAUUUUGUUAGGGAUAUUUUGUCUGGGAUAUUUUGUUAGGGAUAUUUUGUCUGGGAUAUUUUGUCUGGGAUAUUGUGUCUGGGAUAUUUUGUUUGAGAUAUUUUGUCUGAGAUAUUUUGUCUGAGAUUAUUUGUCCCGAGAUCAUUUGUCGUUUCACCAUUUUCUUCAUAAAGAAAAAAGCAACAUUUUUUACACAAAUAAGCAAAUGUCAGAAAUUCAGAUCUAUCAAAAACAUAAAUCUUAAACCGCCUUUGACAUGAACAUAACUACUUUUAAAAAGAUAGGUAUUAAACUGAAUUCAAUGAAAGAAGAAGUUGAUGGAUGAUUUUUCUAUUUAAAAAAAAGGCAUUUUGUGGACGAGGUUACUUUGUUGAUAACUAGCAUGAUCAGAUGGGUUAGGGUUACAGAUGAAAAGGACUAUUGAAAAUUGAUAUUAGUGUUGGAACGUAAUAAAAAUAGCAAACGC